AUGGACGAUGGUGAUGCGACGUAUUUGUUCGAGCAAGGUGGAGAGCCAGUGAGGAUUGCUGUACAUCCAAGUGGGGAUGAUUUUGUGUGCUCCACCACUACUAGUUGCAAGUUGUUUGAGUUAUAUGGUCAUGAAGAUAAUAUAAAAUUUGUGUGCAAGGAGUUUCCUCUCCAAGAUGUUGGUCCACAAAAAUGCAUGGCCUUUAGUGUUGAUGGCUCCAAAUUAGCCAUAGGCGGAGUUGAUGGACAUUUUAGACUUUUUGAGUGGCCAACCAUGCGCAUUAUUGUGGAUGAACCUAAAGCUCACAAGUCUUUCAGAGACAUGGAUUUCAGGAUGAGAAUAUUUAUCUCUGCAGGUUCUCUAAAGAUUGGACAAAACCAUUUUUGUUCACUACUGUUCAGAAAGGUAUUCGAAAGUCUGGCUUUAGUUAAUGAAGUUAUUAAAUUGAGAUUGUGUAAUUUUUCUUAUUGAAAACAUUGUGUAACUAUCCAAACUUGUGUCAAUAAAACAAGCAAUAAGACAUUGAUUGCAGUUUGGGACAUCAGUACAUGGAAGAAAAUUGGACAUAAAAGCAUGUAUAAUAAGCCACCUUCCAUUAUGACAUUUA